CUGGGAGUUCUGCUGAUGACAUUUUCUCACCUGCAGGGCUCCUCCGAAGUGCCCUUUGAGGAGGCUGCUUCUCCCUCCAAAGGACUGAGCCUGAAUUUGCUGGAGCACUAUCUCCCGGGUGGGACAGCCCGCAGCCCCUCGCUGGAGGAAGAUGACGAUGACUGGAAUGAGAUGUACCAGCCUGCGGUUAUCGAGGCUGCUCACGAGUUCAGCUUCUCUGACUCGCUGUGCGCUGGGUCCUACUCUCCACUCACCCUGACUCCUGUUGAGCUUCCACACCAGGACAGUGUCCAGUUCACGCCAUCCGAGUGGCUCGUGGACGAGGAAGAAGGAGAAGAGAAGGAUUACGUCUUGGGCGACACAGCAGCACAAGCCGGGGCCCCUCGUGUCGAAGCUGACCCUCCAAAAGACCAUUUUGAUUUGGUGGGAGAGGUGCUGUAUCGAAGCCAGCUGCUGACCAAUGAGAAGCUACAGGAAGAAAACGCACGGCUCCGAAAGCAAAAUGAAGAAGUGGAGCAGUUGGUCAAGGCCCACGUGAAGCGGACCAAGAGGCUGCAGGAGGAGUUGGAGAGAAGAAAAAUCAAUGAAGAAAAGGAGACACGAGCAUUAGAAUCAAUGGUACAGCAUGUGGAAGAGAACCUCCAACAGAUGACGAAACGGGCGGUGAAAGCAGAGAACACAGUGACUAAGCUGAAGCAGGAAUUGGUUCUCUUACAGGCUGAGCUGCAGCAAUGGAAAUCGGAGAAUGAGAAGCUUCGAUCUGAAGAUUCCCUCGCUUUAAACUCUGUGAAAAGCAACGCCCGGCUUGCAUCAGACUAUCUCACAAAGGCAGCGCAGGAGGCAGAGAGCUCAGUAAAACAGCUGCUUUCUGGGACAGAAACUCUCCGUUUGGUGUCCAAUCUUCUAAAGUCCAUCGACAGAAUCUCCGAGCUGCCACACCAGGAUAAAGAUAAUGAUAGCUGACCCACAGGCAGGGGCUCACUGUAGCCUUUGGAACAUUCCCAGUCUGGUGAUGAACAGCACCCCCUGACUCUGAUCUGAACUGCCCUCUUUCACUUGGAACUGGAGACAUUGUGUCUGAGCCCUCAGUGUUUCUGAUAUCCUCGUGUCAUGUGUCUGUGAAGAUGAAAGGAUGACGAACAUACUUUAGAUGCACUGUUAAUAUCAGUGAGUAAAUCAAGUGUAAUCAGAGUGAAUCCUGCCUGCCCUUGUCGCUCUGUAAAAAUCCAAUUACUUGCAAGUGUUUUGUUUUAAGUGUAAUGUGAAUUAUAGAUGCAGUGUGGAACAGUAUGAGAAUACACAGGAGGAGGUGGGGAAUCAGCACCAUAGCAUAUUGGAGCUACUCCAAGGCUGCUCACUCCACCUCACCCCAAUCAGAUCCCCUUCAACUAAGAGUGUUCAGAACACAAGUAAGAGGAGACAGAGUUGAUCAUUCAGCCUGUCAGUCCCACUUUCCUCUCUGCUUAGAAUCAGUGCAAAUGAAUCCCCUCAGCCAGUGCCCCUCCUCUGCGCUUGACUCCCUGAGACACCGAAGAUCUCUCUAUCUCAGCCUUCAAUGUAUUCAACAAUGGAGCAUCAACAACUCUCUGGAGCAGACAAUUCCAAAGAUUCACAACCCCCUUUGCAGUGAAAAUGUUUCUCUUUGCCUUGAAUCUCAGUGAUUCCCUCUAAUGAGACUGCGAUCCUGGAUUACCGAGCCAGGAGAAAACUACCUGUUUGACUCAAACCCCUUCGGUAUCUUGCAUGUUCUCAUGAGAUCACUUCUCCAUCUCCUUGACCCCAGCAAAGAUCAGCCCAGUGGUUUCAGCCUCAUCAUGGGAAAAGCCCCUCAUCCCAUGGAUCAAUGUGGUGCCACCUCUGGUGGAAGUAUACCCUUUGUGAAAUAUGAAGACCACAACCGUGCCUAGUAUUCAAAUGCCCUGUAGUGGAGAUGCUGAGGAAUCCCAUGAUGUGAUCUGUCCUGCUGCUCCCCACAGGCUCUGGAGCUGCACAGACAUGAGGCUCCCAGAUGUGACCUUUGAUCUUUGUUUGACCAGCUCACCCCAACCACAGCAGCUCAAAGGCUUGUGUUCAGCUCCAGUCCGCAGGUGGUGCAGUGGAACUGGGAGAUUCCAACUGGUCCUGCUCACUAUCCAAUUCCCUACCUUGGGAAGGGGAGAAGGCGUGUGUUAGAGCACAGACAUAUGAGGAGCCAAUCAGCCCCUUGGGACAAUUUUAUCACCCAGUCAGACCCAAGGUAACCUGCAUUGUAACUCCAUUUUACCUGCUUCCGUUCCAUAGAACCUGUGUCUACCAAACAUGAAGCAGUCUGAGUUUUGAAAGAUCUGAUUGAUCUGGAAUAAAAGGGCAGAGUUCCAGAUUUCCACUCCCCUUUGCAUGAGGAUGUGCUCUCUGAUAUCAUCCUGAAAGGACCACCUCAGAUUGUAGCCUACUGCCCCUCGUUCAAGAUUAUGCCCCAGAGAGGAAAUAGUUUCUCUCCAUUGGUUCUGUCAGAUCCUUCAAUCACCUUAAAAACCUCGAAUAGGACACCUUUUCCUCCUCCCUCUGGGAGGAGAUACACAUGGAGAUUACGCAUCAGGCUUCAGUAAUUUUCUGGUGAACUGAGAUGACUGGCUCAAAGUCACAUGCCUUCUAAGAUUGCAACAUCAUGAAAAGAAUACAAUGGAUUUUCAGUGAAUUAUUCCUCACUCAACCAGUUUAAUAUAAAUUAUAUUUUUAAAAUGUAUUGAGAUACUAAUUUAACCUUUUGUCUAACAUACUCAAAUAAUGGAAUUAACUUGGACUACAAUUGAAUAAACAAACCGUCUGGAUUUGGGGUAAA